AUGCUCUGUUCUGAACUAUGUAGGGAAUCUCUGAAGUCUCAUCCAGACAGAGUCCCUGUCGACUCGCCAGAGAGGGCGGCUCGGACACGCAAGUUCCAGGAGAUUAGCGAUGCUUAUUACACGUUGUCGGAUGUAUCACGCCGACGGGAGUAUGAUGCGAUGAGGAUGGCAGGUGGUGUUGAGGAGGAAGAGGAGGAAGUGCCCCGUGGAGGUGCAGGAGGAUUUCCCUGGUCCGCUUUUGGCUUUGGCACUAGCACUGCUGAUAGUGAGCAACGUGCAAAUGAGCAAUUCGGGUCGGUGUUUGAAGAAAUGCUGCGUGAAGAGGGCCUUGCCAGCGAAGGCACAGAUGCUGACGGUCAGACUCGUUCACAUCCAACAUCUCGGUUCUGGUCCGUUGUAGCUAAUGCUCCUGGAGCAUUGGCUGGCGCAGUCGCUGGCAAUCGUCUUGGUGCAGUGCGAGAUGCCAAAGGAAAGAGCGUUUACGAUGUCUUCCUCCAGCUUCCUCAAACAGAUCGAGCAAGGCUUUUGAGUGAAUUAGCAGCCAAGGACCGCCCCCUCAAGGGCACAAUCUGUCUCUUUGAUGUCGACAAGACGUUAACGCCUGCCCGAGCUAAUGUCACCCCGGAGAUGCUCACGCUUCUCUCUCAGCUGCGUCACAAGUGCGCGAUCGGAUUCGUUGGUGGCUCGAAUCUUCCCAAGCAGCAAGAACAGCUCGGUAGAAACACCACGGACGUCACAACCCUAUUCGAUUUCUGCUUCGCCGAGAACGGUUUGACCGCUUUCCGCCUGGGCAAGCCUCUUCAAAGCAACAGCUUCAUCCAAUGGCUGGGAGAGGAAAAAUAUCAGAAGUUGGUCAACUUUCUGCUCAAGUACAUCGCCAACGUGGAGAUUCCUAAGAAGCGCGGCACCUUCGUCGAAUUCCGCAAUGGCAUGAUCAACGUCAGCCCGAUUGGCAGAAAUGCUAGCACCGAGGAACGGAAGGAGUUUGAAGCGUAUGACAAGAUUCACAACAUCCGCCGCGACCUUGUAGAUGCGCUCAAGAAGGAGUUCCCUGACUAUGGUUUGAGCUACUCUAUUGGUGGUGAAAUCUCGUUUGACGUUUUCCCGACCGGCUGGGACAAGACUUACUGCCUACAACACGUCGAAGCCGAGAAAGACAUUACGGGUAUCGAUUAUAAGACGAUCCACUUCUUCGGUGACAAGACAUUCCCUGGUGGUAACGACUACGAGAUCUACAGUGACCCUAGGACGAUCGGUCACUCCGUUGAGGACCCUGAUGACACCAUGAGACAGUUGAGGGAGCUCUUCCAGCUCUAG